AUGAUAAAUGAAUAUUUUCUUUCGGAUGAAUUACGUUAUUUUAUUAAAACACUUCUUAUUAAAACAAUCAUGUAUGAACUUGAUUGGCAUAUAGUUAUUCAAUAUCUUAUUUAUUUAAUAAAUAAUGAAGAUAAACAUCGUGAUAUAAAAUUAAUAUCAGAUCUUUUUCAAUUAUUAUUAUCAGUUAUUGAUAUAAAUUCAAAUGAACAAUCAAUGGAAUAUUUUUCAAAUGAAAAAAAUCAAUUAAUUCAAGUUUUUCAACUUAUUCUUUCAUUUCUUAAUCAAAUAUCUACAAUAAAUUUAGAUAAAUCAAAAACAAAAUUUUAUAUACCAUCAUUAUCAUUUGAAAAUGAAAUAGAUAAUAUAAAUUUUUUAAUUUAUAGAACUAUUCGAUAUAUGAUAAUAAAUCUUUUAAAUAAAUAA